AUGAAGUUCGCAACUGCCUUCCUACUUGCUGCCCCCGCCGUUGCUUUCGCUCCUGGAGCCACCCUUCCACGCUCCUCGUCUCUUCAGAUGAGCAGCGAGGCAUCCACCGAGUCCAAGGCUUUCGCAAAGUUGCCUGCUUCUGUUAAGCCGGGUGUUGUCACCGGUACGGCCCUUGUCGACCUCCUCAACCACGCCAAGAAGGUUGGUUUCGCCAUCCCAGGUGUCAAUGUUGUGGGAAGCAACUCGAUCAACUCCUGUAUCGAGGCUGCCAAGAAGUACGGAGGACCCAUUAUGGUCACUUUCUCCAAGGGUGGAGGUCAAUUCAUUGCCGGAAAGGCCGCCGACAACACUGAUGAUGCUGCUUCUAUCGCUGGAUGCGUUGCCGCUGCCAAGCACGUCCGCGAAGUUGCUGCAUUGUACGACGUCCCAGUUAUUCUUCACACAGAUCACUGUCAAAAGGCCUGGUUGCCAUGGAUGGAUGGACUUCUUGCUGCCAACCAAGAAUACUACAAGACACACGGAGUACCUUUGUUCUCUUCCCACAUGCUUGACCUUUCUGAGGAACCCCUAGAGGAGAACAUCGCCAUUUGCAAGGAGUACAUGGAGAAGUUCGCCGCCAUUGACAUCCUCCUUGAGUUCGAACUCGGUGUCACCGGAGGAGAGGAGGAUGGUGUUGAUAACACCGAUAUCGAUUCUGCCCGUCUCUACACUCAACCCGAGGAAGUCUUUUACGCCUAUGAGCAACUUUCUCAAGUCCCCAACGCUGCCUUCACUUGCGCCGCUUCCUUCGGAAACGUACACGGAGUUUACGCCCCAGGAAACGUCGAGCUCAAGCCCGUCAUCCUUCACAAAACCCAAGAAUACAUCUCAGAGAAGCUUGGCGGUGAUGACAAGAAGCCCAUGAACUUCGUUUUCCACGGUGGUUCUGGUUCUUCUGUCGAAGAUAUCCAAUAUGCCAUCGAAGCCGGUGUUAUUAAGAUGAACAUUGAUACCGACACCCAAUGGGCUUUCUGGGAUGGUAUCCGUGGAUACGAAGAAAAGUACCAUGACUACCUCCAAGCUCAAAUCGGAAACCCUGAAGGAGAUGACAAGCCAAACAAGAAGUACUAUGAUCCUCGUAUGGCACUCCGUGCCGGAGAGGAAGCCAUGGCUGUCCGUUUGUGCCAAGCGGCAGAGGACUUGAAGUGCGUUGAUGUUCUUAACUAA